GCCGUUGAUAGUCUUUUUUUCUUAAGUAAGAAGCUUCUCUCAUUCGUCGCUCGCUACGGGGUUGACACCAUCUGUAAUGUCACUAAGGUUGUCUAGUGACUAGUAUGUGAUCAGUGUUGCGGCAGACUCGCCACAAAACAAGCAAACUGUGUUGUUGUGUCGAAUCAUGUCGAACCGUUCGUUUCAUUUUUUCAGAGUGUGUGAAUUUUUAUCUACAUUUUAUUAUUUGACGCGAGAGUAGAUUCGUGAGCUGUUUUUACGGUUGCUAGAGGAAAGUAAGGGGGAGAAUUUUUCUUUAUUGUCGUGAUGUUGCUGAACGAAUUUCGGAUUAUCCAACCGCUGUAUUGAUCCGACAACGGCGAUGGUGCUCCCUGAAAGCAUCCGUCUCGCCUCUUUGUGCUGAGACACACAUUGUACAUGGUAAGGUUAUGUUGUUUCUCCGUUAAGCCCGUGCAAGCUCGCACUGUACGAUUUUCGAUGCGUUUACCGCGAAUGUUCAGUGUGAGGUAAGCGCAGACAAGGCAAAGAGAGAGAGAGAGAGAGAGAGAGAGAGAAAAGAGAAAAUUGCAUGUGCAAGUUGCACGAGACCGGUGCCAACUUGUUGUAAUGUUCGAGAGGACGAAGGAGAACCGGAUAAAAAUGGAGCAUGUCACACACCCGCCAUGUAGGUCAAUUGCACAUGCAAUUCGUCGCGGGCUCGAGAUGGAGCUUGUCACAAGGAAAUGAUACAUGUCGGAUAUCGUCGCUUCGUAUGAGCUUCCGCAGUGCUAACCGUUACGGCGCGAACUAAUGUUUUGUAGAAGAGGAGAAGUAGAAGGACAAGGAGCAGUAGCAGGUGCAGAUGCAGGUGCAGGUACAGGAACAGGAACAGGAACAGGAAUAGGAACAGGAGAAGAAGAAAGGAUUGCCACUGUUUCCGUCUCUGCUGCUGCUGCUUCUUGUAUGUCGAAGCAAUCGCAGCAACACGGCAGUCAAGAAUGCAUCGAUUUCUGCGAAUACCAGUAUGAAAUCGAGGAACGAUUGUCGUCGUCUUGCGACACAUUCUUUGUCUCUGGGAACAAUCAUAGGACAAAGAACAAAAUGCAGGAGAAGAAAGAGGAAGAGAUGACAUUGGUGGUGAUGGCCGAUAAGAGAGAUGAACGAAACGCCAGAAAAGAUGAGACUUGGACAUCAGUUGUUAAACAACUGCAAACAGCAACAAAGACUACGACAACUGAAACUACAGUAAGCAGUAAGAGCGACGAUAUCGUCGAAAUUACAUCGGUAACUGGAAAAUUCUCAGUUGAUUUUGAGAAAUGGUACAAGAGGCAUACUGAACCGACAAGCAUAGACCUGGAUGUCAAGGUGGUUGAGGAUGUAGAUCGAUACCUGGAUGGAGAAGAAGUAUCGUCACCGUGCGGCUUUCUGGGAAAUGAUUCCUACGGUCUGUCGAUCGACAUCGAUCUUGCCAGUGAUAAGAGGAUAGACCUCAACCUAAGCUGUUACGACUCGAUAUUGCAGGACGAGUUGUCAAGCGAAAAGUUGCUGGAGGAGUCAUGCGAGAAGGUAGAUGACAAGUACAUAAUAUCAGAUUCUCAGUUGUAUCAUCUAGAUCCGUUGACGCUGUUGGCGGACGACACAGUGGUGGCUGAUGAGAUCUUAUCGUCCACUAGUGAUCAAUCGACGUUAAAUGUUGUGAAGAUACAUGACCAGGAGGUUGCUGAGUUACGCGCCGGAGCUGUCUUACGAAAGCAGCAGUCGGAGCAGCGAAACGGUGACGAGACAACCUGCGGGAAAUCUGCUCCGCAGAACGCUGUCAACAAGCUACAUACUGAUCUGAGCGUAAAAGACAAAGAGAAGGAUAAGAAUGAGAAGAAAAGGAGUGAGAAUAAGAAAGCAGAGCAGAUAGACCCCAGGUUGGGAGACAUCAAGUUGCAACGGAAAGCUACCAUAGUGCAAUAUUCGGGAAGUCAUUCGGAAAUUUCGAUGGGUGUUGUAGCGCCGAUGGAGAUGAACUCAUUCAACACCGUGAUAAAAGAACAGAGGCAAGAGAGAGAACUUACUCGAGUGCCGGACGCCAUAAUGGAGCAAUUGAAACUAAAGACCCAAGUGAAACUCGAGCCGCGUAUCAUCAAGAAGCGACGAAAGAUGUCGGAGCGAUUGGAGAAGCGACUUGACCGGUAUGCCAACAGCGGCAAGAGCCUCAUAUGUAAUGACAGAGGCGAUGCCCAAACUGAACACGAUGUGAUGACUGUAGUCGCCAUAUCGACCGACAAAACCUCCAAUACGACGCAGAUCGUCAUCAAUACUGGUACGGAACGACAGGUCUACCAGGGCAAAACGUCGGAAUUGAUUGAGGCCACUGGUAAUUUUCCGAGGCUGCCGAAAAUAGACAAUCCCGUCACCGCAGUCUGGAACGCCUUAGGAGAACUGGGCAUCACUGACGACAGUCUGCAACCUAUACGUGUCACUGAGCACAACAAGGUGUGGUUCUGUCCACAAGGCGAUUGCAACAGACAGUUCGGCAGGCUUUAUACCCUUAAAGGUCACUUGUUGGCCCACUACGGAGUCAGGCCAUUUAAGUGCGAUCAUGAUGGAUGUACCUGGGCGUUCUACUCCGACUUCAAGCUGAAACGGCACAAGAAGACGCAUCUCAAGCGCAAGGAUCACGUAUGCAAGGUGGAAGGAUGCAAUCGUAGAUUCACCACGGUUUAUAACUUGUGGAGUCAUGCAAAAUUGCACAGCCGUACGAGUCGGUUCGUCUGUCAGGUCCCUGAUUGCGACGAUAAGUUUCAGACCAAAAGGGCUUUGGAGGUACACAUGAAGUCGCAUGAUCAACGUCACGCGCCGUAUGUGUGUCAACACGAGAGCUGCGGCAAACGGUAUUACAGCAGCAACGCAUUGACGUCUCAUCAACGUUCGCACAGUUAUAAGGAAGUGGAUGUCAAGUGCUUAUGGCCCGGAUGUGGCAAAGUGUUCGACAAACCAUGCCGCUUGAAGGUGCACACACGUUCUCACACCGGCUGCAAACCUUACCGUUGUACCUAUCAGGACUGUAAGUGGUCCUUCCCGUCGUCUAGUAAGCUCAAGCGACAUCAGAAGAAGCACACAAAUGAGCGCAAGUUUAUUUGCGAUCUAUCGGGCUGUGGGAAAGCCUUUAUGCGCUCCGAACACUUGAAGGAACACAGAUUAAUUCACACCGAGGGCUGUUACUUCCAUUGCUUCGUGUGCGACGCACGCUUUUCUGCCAAAAGUAGCUUAUAUGUACACAUGAAGAAGCAUCAGAUUAAGACGAGACAGCUGACGAAUACAAAUGACGAUGUGCAAUUAAACGACGGUCUACUGUCUACUGUCGGUGUGAAUAGCCAGAAGUGUGUGAGGACGAAAAAAUCUCAAUGCGACUUACGAGCGAAGCCGAUCGAGUCGUCGAGUCGAGGAUCCAUGGAAGUGAUCCGACUAAAGGAUACGUGCGGUGUAACGUCCCAUAAUGACGUUGAAUGGCAGCCGGAUCAAGCACAACAGGAGCUGUCUCAAAUUCACGAUCUGACAAGUGUUUUCCACACGGAUCAACUGUGUACAACGUAUAAUCGUCCGAUUGAAACGCACGCGUAUUUGUACACGAACGAGGCGAGUCUACAUAAGAAUAUGCUCGAAACGCGUGUUGUGAUUGUGCAACGCAGCGACGAUGAAGACACGCUGAAGAAUGAUCUACUGUUGGACACUAACACGGACUACGUUCCAUGUACCUUACCGCCGCAGCCGCUCCCACAGUCGCCGUCAUUGCUGUCAUCAUCAUCAUCAUCAUCGUUAUCGGUGUCGUUGUCAUCGUCAUCGCCAUCGCCAUCGCCAUCGCUGCCAUCGUUGUCAAAAUCGUCGUCGACGUCGCCAUCGCCAUCGUCGCCGCCGCCGUCGCUGGAUCAUCAUAUGCCAAAGCCGAAGUUAUCGACGACCUUCAACAAUGCUAUUCUACCGAAAAGCAACACAUGUGAAACACCUAAGAUGAAUAAACAACGAAUCACUCGAGAAAUACUCGCUGUGAACAAGAGCAAGGAUCAUGGCUCGGCGCGUACAAAUCUCAUGUUAUCAGACGUGCUGCGGCUGAAAAAAGACGAUACGCAGAUAAACUCAACGAUGGACACUCGGUCAUGA